CAAGCAUCAAUCUUUCUCUUUUUUACUUCACUGGGAAUUUGUCUGCCUGCAUCUGCCGCCACCGCGUCCUCAACCAUCGGAGAUCGGACUCCGAUUCUUCUUAUCUCCCUGCACUCGUCCGCCGGGGUAAACAAGCCCCGGCCGCCCGGCGAGUCUCUCACCCGGUAACUGCGGCAUCCGUCAAACUCCAAUUGUAUUUUUCUCGUUUUGCUGCGGUUUAUGUAUGUUUUUUUCGGGGAAAAUCGGCCUGUAACUGCUCUGCUAUCGUUCCGAUGAUCGAGAUUCACUGUCUAUCCUCCGUUUCCUCGAUUGUUCUGUGGAUGUUCGGGUCCCAUUGAUGUACAGACGGUGUUGGCGUUCCAGCAUUUGCCUCGCUGUUAAUCUUGCACUUUUUUUUUUAUGAUUGAUUUGGGCGUUUCUCUGCUUUGCUUCAGAUUACGGGUUUGAUCGAGAUCUGAUUGCUUGUAGUUUCUCUUUGUUGCGCUUUGGUUGCAGUGGGAGAUUGCUGAACUGGAUUGAAUGGAGCAGGUAGUACUUCGUCGUUAAUUGUAAUUUGGUGUUUGUAAUGUGGCCAGUACGAGAAAGUGGAGAAGAUUGGGGAGGGGACUUAUGGAGUGGUAUACAAGGCUCGUGAUCGAAUCACCAAUGAGACUAUAGCUUUGAAGAAGAUCCGCCUCGAGCAGGAAGACGAGGGAGUCCCCAGCACUGCCAUCAGAGAGAUUUUUCUUCUGAAAGAAAUGCAGCACGGUAACAUUGUUAGGUGCGUGUGCUUAGUUCAAGCGAGUUUUGUAUGCGGAGCGGGUUAUUUUGAAUGAACUGAUUGGGGCAAGGGUCCAUGUUUUGAGUUGCCGUUUUUGGAGAUUAUGUGGAAUUAAGUUUUGCAUACCAUGGAGCCUUGCAAUGCACGUGUCUGUAUUCAAAUUGCAUGUUCAUAUGCACAGCAUUGUGUCUCUGGGUAAAACUGGAUGUUGUAACUGAAGCAUACUCAUCCUACCUUGUUUUUUUUUUUGUUAAACUUCCUUUCCUUCUCAAUUGCGAACUGUGUUUUUGUCCUUUCUCCUGCUGAUUUGUGGUUUGUUUGACCUACAGGUUGCAGGAUGUAGUGCACAGUGAGAAGCGCUUGUAUUUGGUAUUUGAGUACCUGGACCUAGAUUUGAAGAAGCACAUGGACUCUUCUCCUGAAUUCGCUAAGGACCUGAACAUAGUUAAAGUCAGUGAGCAAUUCUUAGAGUCAGGGUUUGCUACUGUUCUCCUCUAUUUUCCAACUAUGCACUUGCAAAUGGUAUAGCAUGCAACUAAUUGGAACUCUGUCUUCCUUCUACUCCCCAACAAUUGACAUUUUUUGUGCCAACUAUAGCCUGAAAGUUGCUGAAGUUUUUGUGUUAGUGGGGUGGGGGUUAAAGCUAUUAGACACUUAUUUGAUUUCAUUUUUCCUCCCCACUUUUCCAAUCUUGUGAUACCUGGGAAUAACGGCAUGGAUUGUGAAUGUCCUCUCAUCCUGCUACAUAUUGUUAAACUUGUAUCAUUCUCUAUUUGCAGACAUUCCUGUAUCAAAUCCUCCGUGGCAUUGCUUAUUGCCAUUCUCACAGGGUUCUUCAUCGAGACUUGAAGCCACAGAAUUUUCUUAUUGAUCGUCGUACCAAUGCUCUGAAACUUGCAGAUUUUGGCCUGGCCAGAGCUUUUGGUAUACCUGUCAGGACAUUUACCCAUGAGGUACUGAUGAACUAGGUUUGCUUUCCAGUAGCUAUGUCUGGAACCCUGAGCAGUUGCAAUUUUUCAUUAUAGUAUCUCCUGUACCUUGUGGUACGAUAUCCACAUUCUCCUUUCCUGGUUAUGUAAGGUAUCAAGCUUCACUUAAUGGCUCGGUGCUGGUGUCUUGAAAGGACAAGGCAAUAUAUGCUGAUUAUGAAUGUGUGUUGGAUUUCCUAGGGUGUCCAUUUUAAUAAGAAAGCUCGUAAGCAACAAUACCUAGUAAUAGGAAAUAGGAGUGCCCUAUUGCUAGCAGUGAUGUCUGGCUAAAAGUUUUCUUUUCCUGCUUUGAUUGGCAGUUUAUCUUCUUGUUGUCUGAUUGAUUCUACCUUUCUGAAAAUAGGUGGUGACUCUUUGGUACAGAGCCCCUGAGAUCCUUCUUGGAUCUCGACACUACUCUACACCAGUCGAUGUUUGGUCUGUUGGAUGUAUAUUUGCUGAAAUGGUGAACCAGCGCCCGUUGUUCCCUGGGGACUCUGAGAUUGAUGAGCUAUUUAAGAUUUUCAGAAUCAUGGGCACACCACAUGAAGACACCUGGCCGGGAGUAACAUCUUUGCCCGACUUCAAGUCUACCUUCCCCAAGUGGCCUUCAAAGGACUUGGCUAAUGUGGUUCCGACUCUCGAUUCAGCUGGUCUUGACCUUUUACGUAAACUGCUGUGCUUGGAUCCUGUCAAGAGAAUUACAGCCAGGACUGCCAUAGAACAUGAGUACUUCAAGGAAAUCGGUUACGUUCCUUAAAGAGGUAGGCCAAAGAGGAAGAAAAGGUCACUAGUUCCCAUCUCUGUGCCCUACAAAAAACGAAUUGUAUAUGGUUUGUGUAGUAGUAAGUCGGGUCUACCCAAUGUGGGGUUUUGGAAGUGUGAGAAGGAAGAACUGUUUCUCUUGAGAGAAUCCAUGUAGAAAGGGAAAAAGAAAACAUCAUAAUGGUGAUGAUGUGUUUUUUUGUUUGUUUGUUUGUUUGAAUUUGAUUCCUUAGCUGAAAUUUUUAGGUUGGAGUUCGCUUUUUUACUAAGGGCUUGGAGAAUAUUGUUGUUUUGGUUGGUUGUUUGUUCCCCUGAGCUUUGAUUGUAAACAGUCUUGUUGAGAAAGAAAAAUUAUGGUUCGGUUUCCCUCCUUGGGUUCAACCGGUUAUUUUGUUGACUGGUUUGUUUCCCCUGAGCCUAAUCAAUUAGUUGCUUCAGCCUUUGACAUAUCAACAGGUAGCUGCUGCUGGGUUGUUGCUGUAGUUUCUUGACAUGCAUAGAAGCUAUAGAAAAGGGCUCUCGAUUCAAAGAUAGUCUUGUCUGCAGACCGACAUAAAGCUGUAACAGAGUGUGUGUGUGUUCCCACAAGCAGGCUCGACAGAGCUUCAAUCUCUGAACAAUGAACAUCUUCCUGUGAUGCCAAGCUAAUUAAGUAAGAGCUAUAUCUCGUCGGCCAAAAGCAUACUAUUCGCAAUCUGAUAAUAAUGCUUAGUGGGCAAGGUUGUCAACCCGCGGGUUGACCCGGACCGGGUUGAGCUAGUGGGUCAGUUAAUGGGCCACCCGUUUUAGCCUGGAAAUAUGGAAAGCGUCAUUAUAUUGUACUUAUCCUGAUAAAUUAUAUCAAAUCUCAUCUAACAUAUGAGUUAUAACAUAUAAUAUUACACCAAAAUAACAUUUCGUACUUAGAUUCAACAUAUAGUGAAAAUUCACACACACUUAUAUAACAUUAAUAUUCAAAUGUUCAACUUAGGAUUCCAAAGAUUGAGUUAGGCGAAAAGAAAAAUAGGAAAAUAGGCGCAUUUCGCAAAACAAAGAAAAAAAGGACACAAUUUGACCUCCAACCCGAUACCUUGUGGCGGUCGACCCGGCGGGUGUGUGCGACCCGUUUUUCUCACCGGGUCAGGGUCAAAGUGGGUCAACCCGCGGGUCGACCCGCGGGUUGACAACCUUGUUAGUGGGUAACAUUUCUGUACUCGUUGUGCCGGAAUUAAAUUCCCACUCUGUCGCCGUCGUCGGAAGAGAAAACAGAGGCUAGCUACUGAAUGUUUGAUUGAGUUGCGUUCGUAGGGAGACGGAUUGCCGAAAAUCAGUUACCUUUCUCUCUCUAACUUUUCUCUAAUCGACACUACCCUUUGCUCGUUUCCCGCCCUCUGUUUCCGGCAGAGAUGGCCCAGGUCGGCACCGGGUCAAUAUAUCGUACAAAGUCAAUAUAUCAUCAAAAUAUCGCCACAUAUCGUAUAUCGUCAAUUUAUCGCGUUUCGAUUUUGGUUUUGAGGACCCGAAACGCAUUGCGUUUCGCCGUUUCGGGCACCCGUAUUUCCCAUUUUUCGCACUAGUUUCCGCUGCUCCGUGGCCCGUUCUUGCGCCGUUUAGCCUCUGGCGGACUCCUCUUCCUCCUGCUGCAGUUGGCGGAGGCUGGUCGUGGUGUUGGUCGCCGGUUAAGGGAUUUUCUUCUUCCUCCCAGACAGCUGCCGGUAGGGCUGUCAACCGGUCGGUUUCGGUUUAACCAUAAACCGAGACCUGACCAGAAGCUACCGUCCACCGACCGACCCCAUAGCCCCCGUUAGCUGCAAACCGACCUGGCGAUUUUCGGUUCAGGCGCGGUUUAACCGGGGCAACCGAAAUAGUGCUGACCAGUUCGGUUCAACAGCUUAACCGACCGAUAACCGACCUCUUAUUAGAUAAGAUUAAAAAAAAAAAUUGAAAUAAAUAAAGAGAAAAAACCCCAACCGCACUUUCCUUAUCUUCUUCCUCUUCUCUCCUCCCUCUUUUACGUUUAAACAAACUCCUCCUUCUCUCCUCUCUCCUCUCCUCUCCUCUCUCUUGUACGCAGAAACAGAGAAAAAAAUUAAAACUUUCCUUAUCUUCUUCCUCUUCUUUCCUCUCUCUUUUACGCAGACCAAACCUCUUCUUCUUCUCUGGUGGAGGCGGCGGGGCGGCGGGGCGACGUCGACGAAGGCGGUGGCUGGUCGAAGGCGGAGGCUCGUCUACUCUGCUAGUCGACGACGACAAAUGCAAAGGCGGCGGAGGUUCGCAGGCGAACUGGGUGGAGUUGGCAUGGAGGCGCGGCGCACGAUCGGGGAGAUGGGGGAGGGAAGGGUCGUCGAAUUAGGUUAUUCGAUUUGGGGGUGAAGGAUUUUUUGUGGUUUUGGGAUGGGGAGAAGGGAAUUUUCGGUGAGGGUCGGUUAGCCGGUUAGCCACGGUUAAUUAUGUCCGGUUAUUCGGCUAGCGGGAGUCCUCUGAUACGCAUCCGAACACCGACCGAGGUUGGUUUUUGCCGGUUUUCGGUUAGUCGGUUACUAUCGGUUUUCGGUUAUAACCGGCGGCUAACCGCUAACCGGCAACCGAUUUGCCAGCCCUAGCUGCCGGAGCUCCCCUGCCUUGGCUUCCUUACCCAGGCCAUAAAUUUCCGGAGUAUCAGCUAGCUAUUCCCUUAUUGCCUUUCGGAGUGAGGGAGAUUUGAAGAAAAUUCCUUCCCCGGCCAAUUCUAAUUCUUUGAGCCUGUCAAGAACCAGUUAGUUAGGUUUGAAGACAAGAAUACCAUGUGCUUAACAAAUGGGGGUCACCAGGAAUCGAACACAAGACCUCUUGGUCAUAGAAUGCUCUGAUACCAUGUCAAGAACCAGUUGAUCCCAAUAACUCGAGUUGUUGGGAGAGGUUCAAUCGUGGAUCAUAUACCACAACACUAACAGAGCCGAUGUUGAAUAGUGGGCAAUCGAUUUAUCUAGUCGCCGAAGCUGAUUCCUCCGUGUCCGGCAUCACUGAAAACAGAGGAUCCCCUCCCCUGUUUUAACAGUUUUGUCUCACGAUCCGAGGAAUAAUAGUGGGUUACCGGCCGGGUUCAUCGCCGGUUAUGUGGAACUAAUUAGCUAGUAGCUGUCUUGGUUGCAGACAAACAAAAAGUAUGGUUCUUUAGAUUGUUAAUUAAUAGAGCUUUUACCCUUAAGUAAACCUUUUGUCGACAGAAGAAGUAGCUAGAGAGGAAUGGCGGAAUGGAGUAGUGUAGUGGUUUGCUUGCUGUGGUUUGGUAGGAAGGACAGGAAUGCUUGCCCAAGUUUAUUAAUGGCGGAGGAGGAGAUUUUGGAGCCUUAAUUUCAUUGAAGACUGUAAACAUCAUCCAUCUGCAGGCUCGCCAGGGGGCAGAGGAAGCUUGCAUUGCGUUGUAUAUGCUUUGGAGAAAAGGGGACUACAUAAGAUCGAUGGAGCUUGGUAAAUGCUUUUGUACAAUGGCAACAUGUGUCGCAAACAAAGUGGCGCAUUUUGAUGCCUCGCAGAAUGGAACAGACAGGAGACUUGGUUUGAUUCGAUAGACAGACCGUUUAAAUUUAUUGCAGAUUAAUUAAGACUGGACGGUGUAAUAUAAAUUAAUAAAAUCU